GGUCAUACUGUCAGUAUCGAAGGAACGCGAUGGCAUUCGGUGACUAUCCAGCUGAGUACAACCCCAAGGUGCACGGGCCCUACGACCCCGCUCGCUUCUACGGCAAAGCCGAUGUACCCUUCGGCCAGGUGAAGCUGGGCGAGAUCGGCGCCUGGCUGGGACGUCGCAACAAGACCCCCAACGCGUUGGCCGGAGCCGUGAGCCGUGCCUGGUGGCGCUGGCAGCACAAGUACGUGUUCCCGAAGCGCGCCGGGAUCGCUCCCUUCUUCCAGCUGACCGUCGCUAGCAUGACGUUCUUCUAUCUGAUUAACUACACCAAGUUGAAGCACCACAGGAACUACAAGUACCACUAAGCGGCGCUGCCCGGUGGUCCUGCAUCUGCAACAGAUUCUACACUUUCCACAAGGCGUGCGAGAGGCGGGCAACCACUAAACUAUAUCUAUUUGGCUUUUGUGUUUUGAAAACUGCUUAAGUGAAUAAAACGGCUGCGAAUAUCCAUGCUGCCAUAGACUCAGA